CCGCAGCUCACCCGUCACCACAAACGAGCCGGACUCCGUGUCGCUCCGUCGUGUCGCUCUCAUUUAAACAACUUUUCCCCUGUAAUGACCGCUCUCCUGUCGCGCUGACGCACGGUGGUGUGUUCUCUCUUUCUUUUCUCAUCGGUUUUUCUAUUUCCUGUUGGAUAAAGUGUGACAUCACCCAGGUGAGGGAAGGGAAAUACAUUCAUUCCCACCUGGUCGACGGGUGUGUUCGCGUGUGUCCGUCCGCGCGGAGAAACCAAGGAAGUGAUUUAACGCCUGACUCUUCGACCGGGACGACGCGCAGACGUCUCGAUGUCUUAAAGACAUUGCAGGUCGUUAUUGCUCUACUAAAUCUGCUUUUUAAACACUUAAAGCGCCUAGCAAGUAGCUUCUGAGCUCAUAUUUUUGGGGGAAGCAGGUAAAUAAAGUUUAUUUUUUUCCCUCCUUAAAUUGCGUGGAAGGAGUUCGUUAACGCCAGAUAUCUUCUGCUACUCGUCGCAUUCAGCCUUUUAAAGAUUCAAUGUUCUACUUUCUGUUUCUGUGAAGUGGAUGCCGAAGUUAUGCUGAAGCCUGUUCGCACAUCAGGAUGAGCUCUACAGAUGGAGAGGCCCGGGUGGUCCAGAUCUACCCCAGGCUUUCCCAGGACACAGCCACCUACUGUCCGCUGCAGGUCGGCGCCGGGGACACGGCCAGGACCGUCAUCCACAACGCCGUGGUCACCCUGGGCCUGGAUGCCACCAAGACGUACAGCCUGCUGGAGGUCAGGAGAGCCGGGAGAGAGGAGACGUUGCUGGAGGCCGGCGAACGGCCUUUGGAGAGAGUCAUGCUGUGGCCGCCGCGGGCGCACAGGUGGCACCCUCAGUGCAACGGGUACUACUUCAUCCUGCAGGACCAGCACGCCAACAAUGGAGGCCACCAAGCAGAAAACAGCAGCCUGUGCCACGAUGACCUUUGCAACCUCCAAACUGUGACCGAGGAGAACAUCCUGGAGGCCCUGCGCCAGCGCUUCAACCGGCUCAAAAUCUACACCUACGCCCGCAACAUCCUCAUCGCCAUCAAUCCCAAUAAGUUUCUCCCCCUCUAUUACAAUCCCAAUUACGUCAAGAUGUACGAGAAACAGCCACUGGGUAAGCUGAGCCCCCACAUAUUCGCCGUAGCGGACUCGGCGCUCCGCGCCAUGCUGAGCCGGCAGGUCAACCAGUGCAUCGUGCUGUCCGGGGAGAGCGGCUCGGGGAAGACCGAGAGCUGCAGUUAUCUCGUCCACUGCCUGACGUCCCUCAGCCAGAAGACGUACUCCGGCGGGCUGGAGCGGACCGUCCUCGGGGCCGGCCCGGUGCUAGAGGCCUUCGGCAACGCUAAAACAGCAGAGAAUAACAACUCCAGUCGCUUCGGGAAGUUCAUCCAGCUCAACUAUCUGGAGAGCGGUGUAAUCAGAGGGGCAGUUAUUGAGAAGUACCUACUGGAAAAGUUCCGCCUGGUGUCCAGGGAUCCAGGAGAGAGGAGCUACCAUGUGUUUUACUAUCUGCUGGUGGGCGCGUCCAAGGAAGAGCAGCAACAGUUUCAUCUGUUAAAGCCGCAGGAUUAUGUCUACCUCCAGCAGGAAGACCUCCACUUAGAUGAUGUGGAGAAACUUGGGCGCGAGUACAAGAGGCUCCAUCAAGCUAUGGAGAUGGUUGGUUUUCUGGCCUCCACCAAGAAUCACAUAUUCUCCAUCCUCUCUGCCGUCCUGCUCCUGGGCAAUGUGACGUACACACAGUCUGAGGACGCCGAGGUCCUGGACGUGGGACCUGCUGAAGUUUUGUCCACACUGUCUAACCUUCUCAAAGUGAAAACAGAGGUACUGGUCAAGACUUUGGUCAAGAGGAGAGUAGUGACCGCCGGCGCCGCCGUACUCUCGCAGUACACACUACAAGAGGCCACCGCGGUGCGGGACUCCAUGGCCAGGUCCUUGUACGGCGCUCUGUUCGACUGGAUCAUCCUUCACAUCAACCACGCGAUGUUCAACCGACGAGACAUGGAGGAGUCGGUCCCCUGUUUGUCCAUCGGCGUCCUGGAUAUGUUUGGAUUCGAGAACCUCCGGACGAACAGCUUUGAGCAACUGUGCAUCAACUUCUCUAUUGAGAAGGUUCAGUGUUACAUCAACCGGCACGUCUUCAAGCUGGAGCAAGAGGAUUAUGUGUCAGAGGGCAUCGCCUGGCGAACCAUCAACUACACUGACAACAGCCGCUGCAUUCGGCUGAUCAGCGAAGAGUCAACGGGGCUCUUUGCCCUGCUGGACGAGGAGAGCAACCUCCCUCAAGCCACGGAUGAAACCCUGUUGGACAAGUUGAAGCAGCGACAUGGGGACAACCCAUCAGUUCUUCCUUCCUCACACCGAGAGCCUACUUUUAUCAUUCAACACUUUGCCGGAAGGGUUAAAUAUCACAUCAAGGGUUUCCGGCAGAAGAACACGGAGCACAUUCGCCCUGAAGUCAUUUCACUUCUCCGGAGCAGUGAGCGGGCGUUUGUUCACCACUUGGUCGCAUCCAGUCCGGAAGCUCUGUUCAGAUGGGGAGUCCUCCGAGCCACCAUCCGCAUCCUCACAGUAUUCAAGAAACUGGGACGCCAGCGGGCGGAAUCGAUAUCUGGCAGACGAGGCUCCCGCAAAGCCUUCUUUGAGAAACGGGGCAGCACUGCUGUGGGGAGACUGUCCAGCAACAGCCUGCCUCUAGAUUUCUCCUUUGAUCGCUCCGAUGAACAUCCACUUGAUGUAUUUGAAGACAUCUUUGUCAAUUAUGAAAAGAGAAAGAAAAAUCGAGGCAGUCGACGAAAGCAGCUCAUUCCAAAGAACCUCGUAGAUUUGCAUUCCCUCAGACACAUCGUCGGUCUCACUGCACACGACCGAACCAGCAAGUUCAUCUUCCACCCUCAUCGGAGCACAAAGCCCCCGACAGUGAGCACCCAGUUCCAGACUUCACUUGGGAAACUGAUGGAGUCAAUGGAAAAAGCCGAGCCGUUCUUUAUUUUCUGCCUUCGUUCCAACAAUGGAAAGAAGGAUCUACACUUUGAUGCCGAACUUGUGCUACAGCAAAUUAAGUACCAAGGCCUACUGCAGAUGGUUCGCCUCAAGAAGUCGGGCUUUAGUGCCAAAUACACAUUCAAGGAAUUUGUUGAGCAGUUUAGAAUGUUGCUUCCAAAAGGAGCUACUAUGCGGCCAGAGCACAUAACUGAACUGUUUGAGAAGAUGAAGCUGGAUAGAACCAACUAUCAAAUAGGAAAAACCAAGGUGUUCCUCAAGGAAAAGGCGCGGCAGCUCCUCCAAGACAAAUACAACAAAGAAGUGAUGCAUCACAUCAUUGUCCUGCAGCGCUGGUUCCGUGCUUCUCUGUUAAGGAUGCACUUCCUGCAAAAGAAAGAUGCCACAAUGCUUAUACAGAGAAACUGGCGGGAGUUUUACGAGAACCAAAACAGAGCUGCUACGGUGAUCCAGACAGCAUGGAAAAGUUCGCUAAAGAAAUCUAAGCACCAACGGGAGAAGGAAAGCAACGGGUCCGAGAACCGACUUGGGCGGGACAGUUUGACAAAAAAGGAGUUAACAAGGCAGCAGAAAGUGGAGCUCAGCCCCAACCGGACCCAGCAGAGGUCCGGGAGCAGAGAGAAGCGAGAGGGCAGAGGAUCUCCUCCCCCUCUCACCAGGCCCCUCUCCCUUCCACUGGACCCUAAAGCCAAAGAGGAGCCCUGCCCCGGCCCGCCUAAAGCCAGCUCGCUACAGCGCUACACAGAUGUUGAGGCCUUCAAGGAGAAGGCUGAGAAAUGGAGGGAAAGACUGAGCGAGGGCGAACGGACAGAUGAAUCGAGUCCAGAAGUACAGCGGCGACAUGGCGUUCGGAAAAAUGAGUUUCAGCACAAAGGGAAGUCUGUGUCUGUUGAUGAGCUAUCAAAGGUCAGCUCAUCAGGCUCUGAUAGCUCGCCAUCCACAAACGAGGUCAGGGUUCGUGUCCGCAAGCAGCCCAAACGCAAGCGGCACUUAGCCUACGCGCGCAGCGGCCUGAUGAUGAACUUUGGGGGCUCCAAGGAGAGCGAUUACUGGAGCUUUCCGCUGCCUCCCAUCAGCCCCAAUAUAGCCAGCAUGAAGAGCUCUGCCAGUAGCUCGGAUCUCUGGGCCGUCAAAUCCGAGGUCAAGAUACCGGCAGAAACUGAUGGGUCGAGCUUCAGUUGUCAGUCCAGGAGCUGUGAUGAGGACUUGGGACCACACGGAUCCAACAAUUCACAACUCACAACUCCUGAGAAGAUUUGGUUCCUCAGUAAAUUCCUGAGAAAGCGGCCUAAAUAUCCUCCAGUCAACGACUGUCCAUCCAGCAAAGCAGCACUCACCUUGGCCAACUACACUCCACAACCCUACAACAGGCCGACCCAGGAAACCGAGAGGGUCGGCAGAAACCCGACCAUUCGAAUCAGCCGGGCCACGCGUGCGCUGCAGUGCAACACGUCUCUGGAGCGUGAGAUCACCGACCCCAACGAGCUGCGAAAACUGGACGAAUUUCUCGGCAAUCAAGUGAACGAGCUGCAAAGUAGAAUGAAAAAGCUGUCCCCAACAGAGAGUGUCUUCCUCACAGCCACCAUGCAGUUCAGAGAAACCAUCAAGGGCAUGUACUCUGUCCAGAAGCCCCAAAUUGGCUACAAAGAUCUGAUGAAGGGCUACGAAAACCAAGUGAACACGCUAGCGGGUUCCAAGGAUAAGAAGACGGAGGUCUCGUUGGUGGUCAACUUGUUUCAGUCUAUGCUGGAUGGCUUCAUAAGGGGCGAGCUGAAGCGAGUGGAGUCUGAACCAGUCAAGGCCACCAAGGCGACAAAGAACAGGAGAAAAAAGGCCGCAUGUCCCAACAGUCCUCUGGAUCACCUAUUCAGCACAUACCAGGUGAACAUCAUGCAGUCGUGUGACUUGUGUGGCUCUUACAUCUGGGGAAUGGAGAAAGCCUACAUGUGCAGUGCUUGCAAGUUAAUAUGUCACAAGAACUGCCUGAAUAAAAUCAUCACAGAUUGCUCAACGCGGUGUGACAGAAAGGAUGACAGUGUACCGGGCUCCCUUCACUUUGGGGUGCAGGUGUGCGUCCUCACCAGUAAAGCCAACCCUGUGCCCAAAGUGGUGGAGCUGUUGCUGAUUCACGUGGAGCUAAACGGCCUCUACACGGAGGGCAUUUACCGCAAGUCGGGCUCAACCUGCCGAGCGAGGGAGCUCCACCAGAUUCUGGAGACUGAUCCCGAUGGUCCAUGUUUAGACAACUACUCCAUCCACACCGUCACAGGUCUGGUUAAACGUUGGCUCAGAGAGCUGCCGGACCCCCUCAUGACUUUUUCCCUCUACAGCGACUUCCUGCAUGCCGUGGAGCUGCCAGAGAAAGCCGAGAGGAUAAGGGCUAUAUACCAAAAGGUUGAGGAACUUCCACCUGCCAAUUACAGCACGUUAGAGCGACUCAUCUUUCACCUUGUCAGGGUUGCAAAGGAGGAAGAGCACAAUAAGAUGUCCCCGAGCUCUCUUGCCAUCGUGUUUGCCCCCUGCGUCCUGCGUUCACCUGAUGUGAACGACCCCUUUCUGGGUAUGAAGGAUGUGUCCAAGACUACAAUGUGUGUUGAGAUCCUGAUCUCUGAGCAGUUCAGACGCUACAAUGAGAAGAUGCAGAAUAUCCAGCAGCUGGAAUACGCAGAGGCCCUGGCUGUCAGUCAACUCAAACUGAGGAGACAAAACACGCUUAUUGAAAAGCCUUCAGAGUUGGAUGUUGCAGACCAUUCUGAUGAAUUGGAGAGGACCCUCAUCGAUAGGAUCAAAUCCAUCAAGCAAGAAAAGGUGGACUUGGCCUGCGGGUUACCUGACUUGGAGCGAGAGCAGUCAGACAAUGACAACCUGGACUCCUUGUCGUUGAUGAGCUCAGACAGUCUGGGAAGCCUGGACUCGGAAGUACCAGAAAAGGUGACCAUGCGAAUGAAAACCCAGAAACCCGCCUGCCCACCGAAACCCACUGACCUGGCGCAAAGGGUCAGAAGUCUGAUGGCUCAGAAAGAUGACGCGGAGAGAGAGUUUGCGCCGCGACGAAAGACAGAUGUUACUCAAUCCAUGUACGUGCUGCCAAGCCGAGGCGACGCCAAGUCCCAGAUCACAAAUGAAGCUUCCAGUCGGAGCUACGAGGACCUGGACAUUCCUUUCAUCGACGACGAUGAAGAUUAAACCUGCACGUGACAGCAGGAUUUGUGACGAUUGAAAGAUUCUCAAGCAUGUGUUAAAAGAAGAUGUGUGAAUGUCAAAAAAAAAAAUAGUUGUGCACUUUGUUUUAUAGACUUUUCCAUUUUUCCAUGCUGCUGUGGAAACAAAAUGCUUUGCGAUGGUAGAUUGUACGUGAUGUCCCUCAAGGUUUUCUAACUAAUCUGGAGAAGCGGCAAGAGCUAGCGCUACUAAACCUCUUUAUCUUCUAUUUAAAAUCUGAAUCGUACAGCUCUACAUUUUCUAAAAAGGUUGACACUUGUGUGAAGCUGUGCGACCAGCUGGGUUCAUCUAAGGAGAAAAACAUGGUGAGCCAUUAAGGAUACAAGUCCUUCCUUUACAAGUGAACAUUACUCGGAGCAUUUCCGCCGUGGUAGUCAUGGGAAUUUAUGGUGGUUGUGGGGGGAAAAUGUUUUGUAAGUGUUCCAUAAAGGAGAACCAGAGUGCUUCUCUUAUUUUUACAGACAACGUUGCGUUCUGGGGCUCUUGUUGAGUGCCUUGUUGUUCAUCUGCUACUCUGAACUUUUUUAUGUUUUUCAUUUUUCAAGUCCCUGUGAUAUUGUUGUGACUGACCACUGAUUCAAUACGCUGGAAAGGGGAAUGGUCAUAUUGUUUCCUUUUAGACUGACUGAAAAUACUUCCCUCUGGAACAUCUGUUGAUUUUGCUAGACUGGGGUGUUUCCCAAAAUAAAUGUCCAUACAUAUAUAUAUAUAUAUAUUUUUAAAUAUGCAUGCCUGCACAUUUUAUAUGGAAUAAUGGAUAUUGGGGUGAACAAUCUCAGGUUUUGACUUUUAUAUAAUAAACUCGCCAUUUUCAAAUGUCUUAUGAAGUAAUAUAGAUGUCUUUAAUUCCUACUGCUUUGAUAGUGACAAGUCUCUUAACAGUAUAUUAUAAAAUAAAUACUCUACAUGAAAAACUCAAAGUUUGUCUAAACCGAGGCUUAUCAAUUAGAAAAUCAAACAUAUGAUUGGUUGGUUUCAUAAUUUGUUACAAUUUUUUUACUUUACCAAACUAAUACUACAAGAUAUAUAAUGUAAAAACAAACUGAGUAUCAUUUAUUUUAACUGUUAAAAUGAUAAAAUGUUGCAUAUGGAACCAACAUAUUCAGUGUAAUAUGUAUGGAAACUGGGAUUGUACUUCAGCUGGAGGUUUGAUUUGUUUUAUGUUCAUCACAGAUGAUAAUACCUACUGUAUAAAAUAUUGAUCUGUUCAAUGUAAAUGACAUGUUAAUCCAGCUCAUCAGUCCCCCCUUCUGUUGUUGACGGAUAUUACUUUUUCCAGAUUUAGAUAUUUUAAUAAUAUCUCCUUCUUUCUAUGUCUAUUUCUUUCUUCUAUCUUUUCUGAUAUCCCUAGUUUUAUCUUCACUAAGUGUACUUUUCAGAUGUUUGAAUUGGCAGGUUUUUUUUGUGACUCACUAUAAAGCACGAGUGUGGAUUUUGAUACAUUUUCCACCACUUUUCUCUUUCCAAAAAACCCUUAACUUUUUAAUUUAAUAAACCCAAAUGCAAAUUGAGAGAUAGACUUCCUAUUUUUAUAUAUGUCUAUCAUAACAGUACAAAUGUCAAUAGACAGUUGUAUUUUCCACCUGUCGUUUACUCAGAAAUUGUCAGAAAAUAUUUCUGUGCUGUUUUGUAUUUAAAAUGAUGUCAACAAUA